AUGCGCGUCGGUUUCUUUGCAGUAGUUUUCGCCGGGUCGGCCCGUUUGGUGUUCACCGCUCCAAUUCUUGGCCCCGAAACCUUUGUGAAUUUGGUCUCUCGUACGAACGACGCCGGAUUACACCCUGCUCAGGGCACCCAGUCAAGCAAUGCUGCCCAUACGCUGCCAGACAAGCUUCAGAUUGCCCAAGGGAACCACGACGCACAUAUGCUACUGGAUGCGCAUCGUCAAUCUCAGUCAAACGUUGGUCAAAUAUUCCACGCCGCCCACGUACAGACGGACGGACAUCAUCGCGUUUCUGAAACAUCACACGAGCACGCACACUCAUUUGUCUCCGGAAACUCCCAUCACCCUCAAUCAAGCGAUCCUGCCCAUACGUCGUCUGACAAGCAUCAUAAUACUCAAGCAAGCAACCUCGCUCACGCACUGAAGAUCAUCCAUCACAACGUUCAGUCGGGUGGCGCUACCUACAAACCGUCGGAUCAGCAUCAUAAAGGGACGAAUCCGUGA